UUUAGACUUUAGCCUGGUUUGGGAGACAUUCCUUGCCAGAACAGCUGCGCUAGCCGGGGAGGGGCGGGACAGGACAGGACAGAGGGCUACCUAACAAUCGGAAAGUAGGAGCCUGGGGUAGCCUACUACCAGACUUCCUUUCUUUGGAUGUUUAGAUCGUUUAAACUCGACUAAGCUGAAUGGGUCAAGCCCGCUGUGCAUCCUGUAAAUGUGCUUUUUAGCUCGCCAUUAAUAGCAAGUCUUAUUUUCUAGUUAAAGGAAGUGAAGAAAAAAGAGCGAAUAUCCGAGGGAAGAGAAUUGAGGUUGUCAUAUAUCGUAAAGUAAACAAGGACAAACUGCAUGUGUAACUGUUUAAGGGAGACUCAAGGAAAGAUAGAACAGAUGGACAUGACGACUGAGAAAGAAUCGACACCAGACAACAUAAUAGCAGAUGAGAUGGCAAAUCCCUCUCCAGCCAAGAGCAUGGGUGACCCAGGCAUCACCCCACUGUCACCCUCUCACAUCCAGCAAAAUGACACAGACCCAAACGCCCACACAGGACCUUCGUUCAUGGUGGUGGUUGCGAUUGACUUUGGGACCACUUCCAGUGGCUAUGCUUACGCCUUCACCAAGGAGCCAGAAUGCAUUCACACAAUGAGACGCUGGGAGGGUGGAGACCCCGGAGUGUCCAAUCAGAAGACCCCUACCACAAUCCUCCUGACACCGGACAGGAAGUUCCAUAGUUUUGGCUACGCAGCACGUGACUUUUACCACGACCUAGACUCUACAGAGUCAAAGCACUGGCUAUACCUGGAGAAGUUCAAAAUGAAACUCCACACCACUGCAAAUCUCUCCAUCGACACGGAGCUUCAUGCAGCCAAUGGAAGGAGGGUAAAAGCCAUAGAUAUUUUCGCGUACGCCCUGGCAUUCUUCAAGGAGCAAGCUCUGAAGGAGCUGAGUGACCAGGCGGGGGCAGAGUUUGACAACGCCGACGUCAGAUGGGUCAUUACAGUGCCAGCCAUCUGGAAAAUGCCGGCCAAGCAGUUCAUGAGGGAGGCAGCUUACAAGGGUGGUCUGGUUCCCCGCGACAACCCAGAGCAGCUGAUCAUUGCCCUGGAGCCUGAGGCAGCUUCCAUUUACUGUCGCAAGCUCCGCCUCCACCAGAUGGUUGACUUUGGCACCAAGACCACCCAGAAUGGUUUCAGCCCCACUGAGAAUGUGGGGACGGGGAUGACCCAGGCCAAGGAGCAUGUCCGGAGCAAACGGCAGAGCCGCACCUUUUUGGUGGAAAAUGUCAUAGGGGAGCUUUGGUCGGAGCUGGAAGAAGGUGACCGCUAUGUAGUGGUUGACUGUGGUGGAGGAACGGUUGAUCUCACAGUCCAUCAGAUCCGGCUCCCAGAAGGACAUCUCAAGGAGCUCUAUAAAGCCUCAGGCGGUCCUUACGGCUCCAUUGGUAUUGACUACGAGUUUGAGAAGCUCCUGUGUAAAAUCUUUGGGCCUGACUUUAUCGAUCAGUUCAAGAUCAAGCGGCCAGCUGCUUGGGUGGAUCUGAUGAUCGCGUUUGAGUCCCGGAAACGGGCGGCGGCCCCAGACAGGACCAAUCCCCUCAAUAUCAACCUGCCCUUCUCUUUCAUCGACUACUACAAGAAGUUCAGAGGUCACAGUGUGGAGCACGCCCUGCGCAAAAGCAACGUGGACUUUGUGAAGUGGUCCUCCCAGGGCAUGUUGAGAAUGAACCCUGAUGCCAUGAACGCCCUCUUCAAGCCGACCAUCGACCACAUCAUUCAGCACCUUACUGACCUCUUUGAGAAGCCGGAGGUGUGCGACAUCAAGUUCCUGUUCCUGGUGGGGGGCUUCGCCGAGUCGCCACUCCUGCAGCAGGCCGUCCAGAACAUGCUGCAGGGGCGCAGCCGCAUCAUCAUCCCCCACGACGUGGGCCUCACCAUCCUCAAGGGAGCCGUCCUCUUCGGACUGGACCCCGGCGUCAUCAAGGUGCGCCGCUCACCCCUCACCUACGGCGUGGGCGUCCUCAACCGCUACGUGGAGGGCAAGCACCCGCCGGAAAAGAUGCUGGUGAAGGACGGCACGCGCUGGUGCACCGACGUCUUCGACACCUUCAUCGCCUGCGACCAGUCGGUGGCCCUGGGCGAGACGGUGAAGCGCAGCUACACGCCCGCCAAGCCCAGCCAGCAGGUCAUUGUCAUCCACAUCUACUGCUCGGAGAAGGAGGUCGUGAGCUUCAUCAGCGAGCCUGGCGUGAGGAAGUGCGGCACUCUGCGGCUGGAUGUGACCGGUACGGAAAGCACCGCCGCCCGCCGGGAGAUCCAGACGCACAUGCAGUUCGGGGACACGGAGAUCCGGGCGAUGGCAGUGGACGUCGCCACCGCGCGUUCAGUCAAGGCUAGCAUUGACUUCCUUAGCCAGUAAAAUGCACGAAAUAGAACUAAAAAGUUUCAAAGGGUCGAAGGAAGGUUAAACGUCAGCAGGCACACAAUGAGCCGGGGGCUAGAAUGCUGUAGGAGUGUAGCGGAUCUUUUAAGCCUGUUCAGAUUCCCUGUAACAUGAGUUCUAGUCUGAUUCUGCUUUUGCUGGUCAGGAACAAACUUGCACUCAGGUGUUAUCCCUGUGUUUGUCUCUCUAGGCUUAAAUGUGAGCUGCAUUAAUGCCCUUCACUCUAGAAUUGUCCUUGAGCGAAUACAUACAUGCAACACAGCUUUGUACUGUAGGUGCUUACUGUUAAGGAAAGGGACAACCUGGUUUCAGGUCCAUUGUGUGGUUUCUCUGGUUGUGUGCUGUAGCGGUGCUGGCUCAUGGUAGCUAAGUGAAUACUGUAGUGGAUACUAUAGUAGCCUAGUCCAAUUUCACAGCUCAUACAGCCACAACUCAAUGCCUUUGCUUCCCCUCCAACCCUGGCUCAUAGGACAAUAUUUUCAUAACUGCUGUGAUUGAUUAAGACAUUUAAAGCCAGACACCUGGGGCUUCCAUGAACAGCAGUUCUAUAGAUUCAUUAGCAGUGCUCUAUAAUUCAGAUAUGUAUCCUAAUGAUGAGAGCAGAGUUUUAUUGGGCGAGGGUUGGAGGAGCAACAGAGACAAUGAAGGAAGGCAGUGUUUCACCUUUAAAAACACAUUUGAUCUGUUGUCACUUUCCCUGGACAGAUUUCCAGUCUGAAUUUAUCUUUACCUUCUCCUGUGAUAAGGCAGACAAUAUUCCAUAAAACAGUUAUAUUACCCUACAAAAACAAGCUUAGCUUUUAAAAUACAUUUGAAAUCAUGGAAACUAAGUUAAGUUUGGGUCAACAUUUUAUCAUACACCUAUCCUGUCAACAAUAUCUGUUAACGGCAAAGGCUGGCUGCUAAGUGUUGUUCAUUGUGCACUGCAAAAUAAUCUGUGUUUGAAACACAGACUAACACCCACCCGUUAUGACAUCAGGCUUGAUUGUGAAGACUAUCAUUUCUCACAAACUGCUUAAAAAUCCACCAAACUAGUUAACAUCCUGCACUGAUUCAGAGCAGAAUAUCAAUCCAAGAAUGUGAAAUGUUUGGAGAAUACAUACAAGUGAAAACGUUGACAAUGCUGCUAGCUGAACCUGCCAACUGAUUAGAAUAUAGCCUAGUCAUUGCAAUGUGCUUUGUUGUUGCAUUCAUUUGUUAAGCUUAUGAUACAACAGAGGAUAAAAAGCCACUGAAUUUCCUUUUUGAAUAUUUCAAAUUUAGGAGAUUUAUGUACAAGCCCUUUGGGAAAGAUUUCUUCUGUAAAUACAGUAUUUAAAUAUUGUACAGAUUUGUUUUUUUAUUUUAGCAGGUUUUGAGCAGAGUUUUGUUUGCUUUCAUCUCAACAUGUUUUAUUGUUUUCAUCAGCCGUACCAUGUGAGUCAAGGCAGAAUUUGAAUGGCACAUUCAUCGACUGUGAAUGAAAGUGAGCCUUGCCUGUGUGUUGCCCUGUAAUUGACAAAAAAAAAACACUUGAAUACCUUGGUCCUUAAAACAUGAGUGGUUAUUGUUAUCAAAUAUGGAGUUUCUUUGGUUGGGCAAUUUUCUGUUCGCUUUCUGUCUGUUUACAUUUAGUUUUUACAAUAUAAUUUCAAUUGUCAUCUGUACCAAUUGGCUUCUGAGAAAAAAAAGAUUUUGCAUUCAAAACAUUGAUAAGAAAUCUUUGUUGAAUAUUUCUAUCUAGAAUUAUUGCCAAUUCACACUGACAGACAGACAUAAAGACAACUGAAACUAUCCCUUAAACUGCAAAAAAUAAAGUGACCAUUCCAAUCCUCUGCAAUUCUGUCCCUAAAAUGAUUAUACAAGUGCAAAUUAUAAAAGAGCAAUAACAAUCUGCAAUUAUACCUUAUUAUUCCUUUACCACGAUUUAGCACAACCACUGAAUAUGUGCUUCCAUUUUACCUGUGUUUAACAGCUACAGUUACUGCUGUUGAAAUAUUAGAUCAUGAAUAGAAGGAAAGAAAAUGACAAUAAGAAAGAUUUCAGAAUAUGAGUUCAAUUAAAAAUAUAUCACUAAUAUUAAUGGAUUAUUAUAGCUUUUCAUUCUGGAAAAAUUUGUGUUUGUGUUAUAUAGCGCCUAACACGAGAUGUCAGAGCACUGCAGCAUGUUGGCAUGUACUGGUGAACUCACUUAGACACAAUUAACAACGCCUCUAGUGCAAAUUAAAGACAGGUAGGGUAUUCUUCACUAGGAUCUGGGCUUUGCGCUGGAUUUGAAUUGAUUUUGUUUCCAACAAUAGCUGCAGUUCAAAGAUGCACAGUUUGAGUGGCUUGUUACCAGAUUUUGUUUAGACCAUGCAUGACGACCUUACUUGAAUGUCUACGGUCUUCCCGCAUUGUUCCUCUAGGCGAACACUAAACUGGGGUUUAAAAAGAAUUAACCGAAUUUAGGUUGACCUUGCUUCAUUUGUUGAUGUGAAAAGAUGCUUAGGCUUUCAUCUCUAAUGCUGUCUCUGGGACUCUCCUGCAGUGCACGUAUUGCAUGAGUAACUCUUAACAAGGUUUCGGUUUGAGGGUAGGUGUGGUGACAGUGGUACAACAUCAUGUGUGAAGAAAAGUGUGACCUUUUCAACUCCAGCUACAAUGACCAAUGAACCAAAACUGCUACGGUAACAUUUAUUCGAUCUCACGCCGUAAUCAUAAACACAUCUUCCCAACUGAUUGAAAUCCAAUCCCUGAAGUGCCCAGAUAUGCCCGCUCUCCAUUCUAACUGAUUUAAUGCUCAACGAUCAACCCAUUCCCGUAAUGAUGAAGGUAGAUGGAUGACUUGUGUUCAAAGAUGUAAUGACAAAAUGAGUUUCUUUAAUGUAUUGCUACUUUGAUAAAUACGAUUUGGUGCAGUCUCCAGUAAUACACCAAAUAUUGUACGUAGCUGCUCGGUAUUCAAAGCUGUCAGUAUGAAUAUAUGUUUAGCAUUUCGUUGAUUGUGUUGGUUCUUUAAUACAGCAGGAUACCAUUGGCACUAUAAAUGGAUAAAAAAAAAUGAUUCUGUGAAGUGAUUUGUAUGACUCUGGAGUUAAAAGGGUUGAUUGACAAUUAAGCAGCGUCAUUCUAGCUAGCUUCAGCAUACUUAAACCAAGUGCUUAAAUCCUAAUUAAGAAUUUACAAUAUUACAGGACAUGAACGUUCACUGCUUCUUGAUUCGGUGCUUGUUAUAGGAGUCACCAAACUAUUCAGCCAUCAUUGCCACUCUUAAAUGUUUCACAAAUUAAAUGUCUUUCAGUUUAUUCUUUGGUUGGCACACAUUAUGUUUCUAUUACUGAAGUCCUGCUUUUACCAUUUUCAAUUACAUUUGUUGUAUUCAAUGCCAAGUAUCCACAGCCGAACUGUCAUCCAAUAAAAUUCUAUGUGUAUUUCAAAGAAA